UUUUGUCAGUUUAUUGCAAAGAUGGCGGUGGCUCUGUCACCCGAUCAAGAGUUGGCGACUAAGGCGUUUUUGGACGCAUUGAGCGAAUCGGGGGCGGCGUGUGUGUCUCGAGCCACUGCGAUCAAAUUCUUGCUUGCGCGCAAGUUUGAUGUGGCGCGUGCGCACGCUUUGUGGCGACAACACGAAGCCACGCGACGCCGCGAAGGCCUUAACAAAUUCGAGCCAUUUGAAGAUCCACUCAAGUCUGAACUAGAAACAGGGAAAUUUACUAUACUGCCUACGCGAGAUGCGACCGGUGCUGCCAUUGCGGUUUUCACCGCAAACAAACAUUUUCCUACGCAGACAACGCAUCAGAUAACAUUACAGGGUGUGGUGUACCAAUUGGACGUGGCGCUGCAGUCGGUGGAGACGCAGCGAGCCGGCCUCGUCUUCAUAUACGACAUGACUGACUCCAAGUACACCAACUUCGAUUAUGAGCUCUCGCAGAAAAUACUCACCAUGCUCAAGGGAGGUUACCCAGCGAAGCUGAAGAAAGUGCUGAUAGUGACGGCUCCGCUGUGGUUCAAGGCACCAUUUCGGAUCCUGCGGCUGUUUGUCAGAGAAAAGCUACGUGAGCGCGUGCACACUGUGAACGCGCCUCAGCUUGGCCUGCACGUGCCGCGCUCCAGCCUGCCCAAGCAACUCGGUGGCCUGCACGAACCAGACCACGCUGCCUGGUUGGAGCACUGCAAGAAUUGUUACACGAACAAUUUGCAGAACGCUAAACUAGACGGCGUCAUCGAUGAAUAUGUAAUCAGUAAUCACAUACCUCCUAUCAACGCGCAAAAUGGUAUAAUAGAGCACGAGGGUGACAUGACCAGCGACCGCGCGACGCGACUGGGUGACAGCAACACAGACAUGCACAUCAGCGGCGACCCCCCCUACACCUGCGACCCCAGCCCGCUCAGGCACACCCAUGGGUAUAAUGGUGAUAUGAAGAGCAGACACAUAAACUCAGGAGAUGAAGAUGAUAUGGACAUAAGCACGCGCGGCACGUGGUCGUCGGGCGAGGUGUCCCCCGGGCUGUCGGACGAGGAGGGCGGCGGCGGCGGCGCGGGCGAGACGCCGCAGGCGCUGCUGCAGCGCGUCCGCGCGCUGGGCCGCCGCGGGCUCGCCGCCGAGUACGACGAAAUCCGCUCGCGCCCGCCGGUCGGCACCUUCCACCAUGCCAAAUUGCCGAGUAAUCUAGCCAAAAAUCGUUACACGGACGUGCUGUGCUACGACCACUCGCGCGUUAUUCUAUCGCAGACUGACCCAGACGAUCCCACCACAGACUACAUCAACGCCAACUACGUCGACGGGUACAAACAGAAGAAUGCUUAUAUCUGUACGCAAGGGCCCUUGCCGAAGACGUUUAGUGACUUCUGGCGCAUGGUAUGGGAGCAGGGCACGCUGGUGAUAGUGAUGACGACGCGCGCCGUGGAGCGCGGCCGGGUCAAGUGCGGCCAGUACUGGCCUCUCGCCGACGGCCAGCACGUCGUCUACGGGGACUUCGCCGUCACUACGCAGGCCGUCGAGCACGACGAGGACUACACCGUCACACAUCUACUGCUCAGCGACCUCAAGCGCGGCGGGUCGCGCCGCAUCUGGCACGGUCAGUACACGCGAUGGCCGGACUACGGCGUGCCGGGCGGCGGCAGCGCGCAGCCCGUGCUGCGGUUCCUGGCGCGCUGCCGCCGCGCGCAGGCGCUCGCGCUGCACGACCUCGACCUCGCCUGGGCCGGACACAAGCAGGGCCCGCCCAUCGUCGUGCACUGCUCCGCCGGCAUCGGACGGACCGGCACAUUCCUGACGCUGGACAUCUGCGCGCAGCGAGUGAGCGCGGAAGGCACGCUGGACGUGCGCGGCACCGUGGAGCGCAUCCGGGCACAGCGCGCGCACUCCAUACAGAUGCCCGACCAGUACGUCUUCUGCCAUCUCGCGCUGCUCGAGUACGCGGUGAUGCAGGGCUACCUAGACUCUGCCGACCUGACGGGCUUCGACGAAGACAACGAGGAGGAGUCGGAAUGAAGACUGUCUCGUCCGUCCUGCGCCGUACUGUAGCGGCGCGCCCAGCGCACAGACUGUGACUGUACCGAGUGCCCAGAGUGCCGAGAGUGCCGAGAGUGCCGAGUGUCUAGUGUACGGGAGUGUACAGUGAGUGCAGUGUACAGAGUGACGUCACUCCGCCAGUGAUACGACUGCCGCGCUAUCCGCACAUAGCUUAAGAAAUAUAAACAUUGAAAUGAAAACGUUCCUCUAGCAAGAAUAAGAACUGAAAUAAACCUGGUAAUGGGAAGGAAGCCUACACAAGUAUUUAUUUGCAUAUUAUAAAUCUUUGUAACCAAAAAUAUUUCCACGAUUAUUUAGAUAUUUAAUAUUUAUUUAUAUGAUGUAAGGAGUUAUGGCUGUGUGAAGUUUUGUCUGUAACUUAUGUAGUUAUGUUUAUUUUAUUGCAAUAAAUUAUUUUGAUGUAAUUGCCAUACAAACACUGUAUCUGAUGUGACCGUUGAAUUCGCAGUUUCGCACGUUUUGAUAUACGUUGAGGUGCUGGUAGGCUUAAAACGUUGAUUCAUGUUAAUCAUUUACAUAUUUCAUUCGCGAGUUGUCGCAUAGUGACGUGUAUUAUACAUUUUUAUAAUCGUCAACGCUCUCCUCGAGCCAUCGUAUGAAUUUAUGAUAAUGCACUGAAGCAUCUAGACGUCGUUACGAAUUAUUAUAAAUUAUUAUAUAAUAAAGAAGUUUAGUCGCACAGUGUCCACUUUGCUUAUUUUGUCAACUAAGGAAAGGAUUUUUAUAAAAUGAAUGGUUACAUAGUAUAAAUAUUAUAC